UAAAUAUGGUCACAAACGUUACAAUAUUUCCAGAAGCUCGGUAGCUCAUCCUACCGAUGACGAGCGCCUCUCUUGCCGGUUUUUUCCCUCGCCCUUCAAUCCGAGAACCCUGUUCUCCAUGCACUUCUUCCAACCACAAUCGCAUACUCUUCCCCUUCAUCUCAAAAAAAGAUACCAGGAAUUCCAUCUGUACGCUUGGAAGUGCUUUCCAACAAGAACCUGCCGUUGUAUCCUCUGAUAAUCUCACUUUCCAUGGUUCUUUUAUCAAGCCUAUUCAGGAAGUAGGAGGAACCGAAGAUGUUGAUGACCCUAUCCGUGGCGUCUCGAGCACUGAACCAGAGCCUAAAUCGCAGUUACCGAGUAGGGUUAAAAAGAAGACUCAAGAAGAUGAAGAUAGCAUUGAGGGUAGGUUUAAGCUGCGAAAUGGAAGGGAGGUUUUUGAAGAAAAAGCUUAUCUCGUUGGUGUAGAGCGGAAAGGAGAUGUUGGCCAACUUUUUAGCAUCGAUGAAUCGCUGAAAGAACUGGCACAGUUAGCUGACACAGCCGGACUAAAGGUUGUUGGUUCAACAUAUCAAAAGCUAGCUUCUCCAAAUCCAAGGACUUACAUAGGAUCGGGCAAAGUUGCAGAAAUCAAGAGUGCAAUUCGUGCAUUGGGGAUAGAGACUGUGAUAUUUGAUGAUGAGCUUUCAGCUGGGCAACUGAGAAACUUGGAAAAAUCAUUUGGUGGAGAUGUAAGAGUUUGUGAUCGUACUGCCCUAAUCUUGGAUAUCUUCAAUCAGAGAGCAGCAACGCAUGAGGCAUCUCUACAGGUGGCAUUGGCGCAAAUGGAGUACCAGUUACCUCGACUUACAAAGAUGUGGACUCAUCUUGAGCGUCAGGCAGGAGGGCAGGUGAAAGGUAUGGGUGAGAAACAGAUUGAAGUGGAUAAGCGUAUCUUACGAACACAAAUUGGUGUUCUCCGUAAGGAAUUAGAGUCUGUCAGGGUGCAUCGAAAACAGUACAGAAGCCGACGCUUUUCAGUACCUGUCCCAGUAGUUUCUUUGGUUGGAUAUACAAAUGCUGGAAAGAGUACACUCUUGAAUCAGUUGACUGGAGCUGAAGUCCUUGCAGAGGAUCGGUUGUUUGCAACCCUUGAUCCAACUACAAGGAGGGUUCAGAUGAAGAACGGGAAUGAAUUUCUACUUACGGAUACUGUUGGUUUCAUCCAGAAGUUACCAACUAUGCUGGUUGCUGCAUUCAGAGCAACAUUGGAGGAGAUAUCAGAAUCGUCAUUACUGGUUCAUGUGGUGGACAUCAGCCAUCCGCUGGCAGAGCAACAGAUAGAGGCCGUGGAUAAAGUUCUUUCAGAAUUGGAUGUUUCAUCAAUUCCAAAGCUGAUGGUAUGGAACAAGGUUGACAAGGUUAGUGAUCCUCAACACAUUAGACUGGAAGCAGAUAAAAGAGGAGAUGUUGUUUGUGUAUCUGCGCUUGGUGGUGAUGGUUUGGACGAAUUCUGUGAUGCAGUUCAGAGCAAAUUGAAGGACUCAAUGGUUUGGGUAGAAGCAUUGAUCCCAUUUGAUCGAGGCGAGCUCCUGAGCACUGUGCAUCAAGUUGGAGUGGUAGAGAAAGCUGAAUAUACAGAAAACGGAACACUGGUCCAGGCACACGUUCCCCUUAGGUUUUCGAGGCUGCUUACACCAAUGAGGCAAUUGUGUAUAUCCUGACCUCAGCUUGCUCAAAUUUUUCAUUUCCACUUUUACUAUUGAUUUUAGUUCUGUUGCCCAUUAUUUACAAAACAAUAAAAAUAAAUAAUAGAACUAUCUACUUCUGUUUACGACAGGGGAAGAGACUCCUGUUUGACAUAAUUGUGUAAAAAACUUGGAUCCCCCUACCAUGGGAUUGUAAAUAUUUGAUGUCCUAUAUUGUUAAAAUCUUGAUGUUUGAAAAAGUUGAAUGGGCAUGGAAUUUCUGAUA